AUGUUAGAAGGGAAGACAAUGGUUGAAGACAACAUGCCACCGAAGAUGUAGAUGCAAGCAAUGGCAUUUACUUAUGAAGCUCUUGAUAUUUUUGACGUCAUUAACUGCAAAUCCAUCGUUGGUCACAUCAAGAAGGAGUUUGAUAAGAGAUAUGGAAGUGGAUGGCAAUGUGUGGUGGGAUCGAAUUUCGGGUGUUUCUUCACACAUUCCAAAGGGACUUUCAUCUAUUUCCAACGGGAGACCCUCAUAUUUCUCAUCUUCAAAGGAGCUUCGACUCCAUAG